GAAAGAACACGGUAGCGUAAGUGUUCCGCAGUAGUCAUGUCAGGCACCAUCCCCGAAUCUCCCCCUCCCUCUCUUUUUUGACCCAGGAAACAACUUUUUAUCCCUUCUCUUUCUCUUCCCACAUUAAAUCAAGUCAAGGGUAUCAAAAUCUCCACCCAAAAUCGACAUUCGUUCAUCAGAAUGGAGGAAGAAUCUGAAUUAUCAAUAACAACUACAACAUCUGCAAUGGUUCCAAAAGAUCGAAGAUAUGAAGCUCUUGGUGAACUCAGAAUAAUGCCAGAUGAAAUCAUAUGCUCUAUUCUUGAAUAUCUCUCUCCUAAUGAUGUUGCCCGUAUCUCUUGCGUUAGCAGUGUGUUGUACAUAUUGUGUAAUGAAGAACCGCUAUGGAUGACAUUAUGUCUUAAGGAAGCUAGGGGUCAACUCGAGUAUAAAGAUUCCUGGAAAAAGACCACUUUGCGCCGACAAGGUGUAGCUGAUAAAUACGUGGAGUAUUGCAGGAAACCAUUGCAUUUUGAUGGAUUCAAUUCAUUUUACCUGUAUAGAAGAUGGUACAGGAAUAAUACCACGUUAGCUGCGUACUCCUUUGAUCAAGGAUAUAUAGAAAGAAAGAAGAACCUUUCACUUGAAGAGUUUCAAAAUGAGUACGAUGUUAAGAAACCGGUUUUGCUCACUGAAUUGGCUGAAACUUGGCCGGCAAGAAGUUCUUGGACAAUGAAUGAAUUAGUGAAAACUUAUGGUGACACAGCAUUCAAAAUAUCUCAAAGGAGCUCCAAGAAAGUCACCAUGAAAUUCAAGGAUUAUGUCUCAUAUAUGAAUGUGCAGCAUGACGAGGACCCUCUUUAUAUUUUUGAUGAUAAGUUCGGCGAGGUUGCACCGGGUUUGUUGAAGGAUUAUAGUGUUCCUCAUCUAUUCCAAGAGGACCUUUUUGAUGUCUUGGAUGGAGAUCAACGACCACCAUACAGAUGGCUAAUUAUUGGUCCAGAAAGGUCUGGUGCAUCUUGGCACGUUGAUCCAGGUCUCACUAGUGCUUGGAACACUCUACUAUGCGGGCGAAAGAGGUGGGCGUUGUACCCUCCUGGUAGAGUACCUUUGGGAGUUACAGUACAUGAAAAUGAAGACGAUGGUGAUAUCAAUAUUGAGACUCCAACAUCUCUGCAGUGGUGGGUAGAUUUUUAUCCCCUGCUUGCAGAUCACGACAAGCCAAUUGAGUGUACUCAGUUACCUGGAGAGACAAUAUUUGUCCCAAGUGGAUGGUGGCAUUGUGUACUAAACUUGGAAGCCACUGUUGCUGUUACCCAGAACUUUGUCAAUUCAAAAAACUUGGAAUAUGUUUGUCUGGAUAUGGCUCCUGGUCGUCGUCAUAGAGGACUUUGUCGUGCUGGAUUGCUUGCUGUUGAUGAAGACAGUUUUGUUGAUGAUGAGAAUGAGAAUGAUGCUACUAAUGGUGACCUAAAAAGUCAAAACAUUCCGGAAGAUAAAGGUUUCAGUUAUGAUAUAAGCUUUUUAUCUAAGUUUCUAGACGAGGAGAGAGACCAUUACAACACUUUUUGGAGCCCAAGCAAUUUUCUAGGGCAAAGAGAACUGAGACAGUGGUUGCACAAGCUUUGGUCAGCAAAACCUGAAAUGAGGGAGUUAAUAUGGAAGGGAGCUUGUUUAGCUUUAAAUGUGGAGAAAUGGUCUGCUCGCAUGGCGGAGAUUUGUGCUUUCCAUAACUAUCCCUCUCCAUCAGAUGAUGAGAGAUUUCCUGUUGGCACAGGCAGCAAUCCUGUGUAUCUCACUGCUGAUCGAGUAAUUAAGGUCUGUAUUGAAGGAGGAUUGGAGUCAUCCAUCUAUGGGUUGGGCACUGAGCUUGAGUUCUAUGAUCUACUUCAUAAAGCUGGCUCUCCCCUGAAGGAUCACAUUCCUGAUGUUUUAGCUUGUGGAAUUCUCUACCUUAAAAAUGGGUCUUACAAAACUGUUUCGUGGGAUGGAAAGGAUGUGCCAGAUAUUAUUGCUACAAGCAAACUGGUUUCAGGAGAGAAUGUUGCAGGAGAUUUUCCUUUUGGAGUAUGGAGCAAAUCAAAAUUCGACUAUAAAAAUGUCGGAGAGCCAACAAAUGAAUCUAUAAGUGCUGUCGCGUGCUCAAUUUGGCCGUAUAUAAUAACGACAAGAUGCAAGGGAAACAUUUAUGCUCAUCUAAGAGACUCAUUGUCUUGGGAUGAUAACCUAAACCUAGCAUCAUUUCUGGGAGAACAACUGCAAAAUCUUCACCUCUUGCCCUUGCCGCCUUUACAUAGUUCCACGGAUUCCUAUAACAAACAGAGGAUGGAGGCUAAGCUGCAUCAGUCAAAUGGCGACGCGGAAGCAGGUGCGGAGAUGUGUAGUGUGCCAGAAGAAUGGAAACUCUUUCUCAAAACUCUGGUGAAGAGAAAGAAGGCUAUUUCAAGCACCUUGACUGAGUGGGGCGAUCCAGUGCCAAGCAGCCUUGUUCAAAAACUUGAGGAAUACAUUCCAGAUGAUUUAUCAAAGUUGCUAGUCCUUUCUAAGGAUAAAAAUGGCUUGUCAAAGGCACUGAAAUCUCCCGUUUGGGUACACUCGGAUGUCAUGGAUGACAAUGUUCACAUGCUACCAUGUGAUCCAAACGAUUGCUCACGCCAGAAUCCUGAAGCUACUAGCCCAAUUGUUAAUGAUUUGAGUUUGACAAAUGGUAAUUCUGGCAGCAGGAAGAGGAAAUGGCUUCCUAGCCACAUUCUCGACUUCAGUGACCUGUCUGUUGGUGAUCCUAUAUUGGAUGUUAUUCCUAUGCACAUUGAUAUCUUUAGAGGAAAUUCUGAGUUGCUUAGGCGGUUCUUAGAAAGCUAUAGAUCUCCCCUUCUGAGAAGAAAAUUAUCACAUGAACCGGAAGAGAGUGGAGAUAAGUUUGGUCGUCUAUCUUACCAUGCCAUGUGCUAUACUAUCUUGCACAAAGAGAAUAUACUAGGAGCCAUUUUCGCUUUAUGGAAAGAGCUUAGAACUGCUGAAUCUUGGGAAGAAGUUGAAGAAACUGUCUGGGGGGAUUUGAACAAAUAUGAAGAUUCUGUUUAGUGACUCUUUAAAGCUCUGAAGUCCUGGAAUCAAUUCUGAGUCGGAUUGACAAAUUAUUUGUCCGUGGCUCUGAUUUUUUGAGAGCUCUGUACUACUUUCCUCGUGUUGAUACUAAUAAGCAUGAAAAGUUACCGCCUUGAUAUUUUUUUUUUAUAACUUGAAAAACAAUACUCAGUUGUAUUUAUAGUGUUUUACAUGUUACGCAUAGGUUGUUAUGUUUUGUGUAUAAAAUGUGUGCUCGCUAGAUAUCUCAUUCUUACCGGUUGUUCGAGUUACCAGUUAUCCAUUAGCUUUACUAAAUGUGUUUAGUGUUUA